AUGGGCAACAAGGCCUCCGAGCCUCUGCUGCCCUCUGCCUUGCGGACCUUGGCGGAUCGCAAGACCCUGGUAGAAGGACAGAUCGCCGACUACGAUCGGAUGACUUGGUUUCAGCAAGCCCUUUUCGACACGUCAGCCUUCCAGGCCCACGCGGACUGGCUGAAAGAGUGGAGACAGGAGUGGGCGGCGAAGCUCCGGCCCAACUCCGUGCCCCGUGCUCCCAUCGUGGGUUCGAGUUUUCCCAAAGCACGGGAAGAUGCGGACGAUGGAGAUGCAGAAGAUGUAGAUGAUGCAGGUUCAUCCAAGUUCCAAUUGCCAGCUGUUGCCGCAGCCCAGGCCGCCCUCGAAAAGUAUGGGACAGAUUGGAAAGCUGCUGGGAUGGACUCCGUGGUGGAGGAGGUGGUGAACCUCAUGCAGUCCGAACCACAAAACGCCUUUGUGCAGGAGCGCGGCUGCGAGUCCUUGCGCUAUCUCUGCACCGACGAUGAAAGUCGGCAAGCGGUGGCAGCAAAGGAUGCCAUUCCUACCAUAUUGAGGUCCAUGGAGCUCAAUGAGAACGAGUCAGAUGUCCAGGGAUAUUGCUGCGGGACCUUGGUUCAUUUAGCAGCUACGCCAUCGACUCGACAGAGUAUUGUGCGGGAGAAAGGGUUGGAGGCUGUUCUACGAGCCAUGCAGAUGCAUCCUAGCAGCCCUUUUGUCCAGUUCAAAGCCUGCUCAGCUCUCGCCAACAUCGCAGCUACUGGCCGAGAGCAGUCUCUGCUGGCUACGCUCGGUGGAGGCGAGAUAGUGCUGAAGACCAUGCGGGCGCACGUGCAUGAUCUGUCUGUGCUUGAGUACUGCCUUGGCGCGCUGCACAACUUGGCGGUCUACCACGGGAAUCAGGCAGCCCUGCGCACAGCUGGCGCGGUGCGUGUGCUGAGAGACGCUGUACGCCUCCACCCGCACAACAAUCAGGUGCAACAGGCCAGUUGCAACGGCAUCACAUGCUACUAUGCGUCGGUACAGGAGCAGCUUGAGUUGAUCAAGCUCUUGAUACGCAUUGCAGAAUUGCUGGUGUCUAGCGCCUUGAGCGACUUUGGCAAAGAAUCCUUGGACACUCUGCUCUGGCACACGGGCGCGACGCCAUGCAAGCCGAGCAAGCGUUCUGCAUUGGGCCAGCCAGAGCAGAAAACCUUCAAUGCCAUGGUGGCCGGUGCCGACCGCGACAAGGCCUUGGAGAUCGUCACCAGGCACCCAGGUAUUCUGGCUGCUGGGCCGGACGUGAAGGACAACAUGCUUCAGGCGGAUGUGGCUUCGAAUGCCAUCAACGCAGCGAGGGGCCUGUCCAAGCUGUUCAGAUAG